CAGACACAGACACACGCGCGCGCGCGCGCGUCUCUAGCAGGAAGGAACCGGUGCCCGGUGGCUAUAGAGAGCACUAACGGGAUUUAAGGAGUCACCUCGCGGGCACGGUAGGUAGCCCCGACCGGGAGGUGUUUUGUCAACGCUCUGUGCCUCGACUUCUUUAUUUUUCACCUCAUAAUUCAGUGACUUGUUGAGAGCACCUUGCUCAUGUAAACAGUUUUGGUUUUGAUUUUCGUUGUUUUUCUCCACUUUGGAGUCUUUUUGGAGCCGUCACCACCCGUUGAGGUUAACUCGUUUACAUCUAACACUUGCACAGAAUAAUGGAAUAGGAAAGUUUCUUCCCCAAAGCACGCUUACACUUACCUCCCAUUGUCUACCCUAACUCAGGCCUCUCAACCCACUCCUUUCCCAUUUUUUUAUUUAUUUGUUUGUUUGUUUUUUUCGAGACAGGGUUUUUCUGUAGCUUUGGGGCCGGUCCUGGAACUAGCUCUUGUAGACCAGGCUGGCCUCGAACUCAGAGAUCCACCUGCCUCUGCCUUCUGAGUGCUGGGAUUAAAGGCAUGUGCCACCACCGCCCGGCCCUUUCCCCUUUUUUAAAAAUUGUAUGUAUAGCUUUCCAGCUUGGGCCGGGCAGAAUGGCUCCCGCAAAGAAGGGUGGCGAGAAGAAGAAGGGCCGUUCUGCCAUCAACGAGGUGGUGACCCGAGAAUACACCAACAUUCACAAGCGCAUCCAUGGCGUGGGCUUUAAGAAGCGUGCUCCUAGGGCACUCAAAGAAAUCCGGAAAUUUGCCAUGAAGGAGAUGGGGACUCCAGAUGUGCGGAUUGAUACCAGGCUCAAUAAAGCCGUCCGGGCCAAAGGAAUAAGGAAUGUUCCAUAUCGUAUCCGGGUACGUUUGUCCAGAAAACGUAAUGAGGAUGAGGACUCACCAAACAAACUCUACACAUUGGUAACUUACGUGCCUGUUACCACAUUCAAAAAUCUACAGACAGUCAAUGUGGAUGAGAACUAACCUACUGAAUCUCAAAUAAAGUUGGAGAACAGCCAAAAAAAAAAAAUUGUAUGUAUAUGGGGUGGGAGACGAUUUGUGGGCGUCAGUUCUCUUUCCACAAGGUCGAAGGGAUAGAACUGAAGAACUUAAGCUUGGCAGUAAACUCCUUUACCCAGUUAGUCAUCUCAGCACCCACUUCCCCUUCCUAUCACAAAGGGUUACAAUCAAUAUUAAUAAAUGAGUAAAGACUCCUGGAAAUCUUUUUAUCAGAGUCUCCACUGUUCCCACACUUGAAAAUGCCUUAAGUUCAUUCCAGUUCUUACCAUUUUAACUACUGUUCAAAAACACCUAAUGGAAAAUGCCUUAAGUUCAUUCCAGUUCUUACCAUUUUACCUACUGUUCAAAAACACCUAAUGGAGUUCAUUUUCUGCAAGCAAUUCUUUGCUCUCACUUGCUUCGGUAAGCAAAUGAGAAACCAGUAAAAAUACUGUUGAUAUGGCCAACUAAAAUUAACCUCCAGCCAUUUGUUAAUUUUCCUGCAUCUGUACAGACUCCUCGUCUCUUCAACCUCAACCACACCUCCUGUUUGCAGUUAAAAUGCUUUUGAAUUAUCAUCAUUCCUGCAAACCUCCAGACUGGGGUCACUGUCUUUCCCGUAGACAUUAUAUGUACUGUUUUCAGCUUCUGCUUUUCAGGCCUCUUUGAAACUCCUUAACUCUGCUUUAAACCUUUGUGCAUCUUUAAACCUUUGCAGCCAUUCUACAUCUAUGCAGAAACACAGACAGAUGCAUUUACUGGGAGUGUGUAACAUAUGAUCUAAGAAUUAAUAUUAGUGCCACGA